AUGUGCUGUGCUGAGGUUCUGGACUGCUCUGAUCUGGGACUGGCUCCUCCGUCUCAUGUCUCAGAUGAAUCCUCUGAUACCUUCUUCCUCCUAAAGAACUAUAUUUGCACAAUCCGUUACUCCAUUACAGACCUCAGAGUGGAAGAGGGCCGUACAGUAAAGAGGUCAACACAUGGAUUUGUAGAAAACACUCUGAUCACACCUUUUUACUCGAGUCAGAGAAAUUACUUUUGUCUAGGGGCUUUAGCUUUGCAGACUAGGCAUGCACAGAGUCCCAAAAGAGCAGUGCUGGAAAUGAAGGGGGGCAUCUUUUUCCCACAGAGGAAAGGCAGCCUGUCUUUCUUUGUGUAUCAUGUUCUCCAAUGUUUUUAA